AUGGCUCUGCUGCUCGUGGGUGUCUGGGGGAUCUUGCUACUUCUGGGGCUGUGGGGACUGCUCCAGGGCUGUGCCCGGAACCCCUCUCUGGCCCCUCGGUGGCCCCCCGGGCCUCGUCCUCUGCCGUUCCUGGGGAACCUGCAUUUGCUGGGUGUCACCCAACAAGACCGGGCACUGAUGGAGCUCUCAGAACGCUACGGGCCAAUGUUCACAGUUCAUCUGGGAUCUCAGAAGACCGUGGUGCUGUCAGGCUACGAGCUGGUGAGGGAGGCCUUGGUUGGAACUGGCCAUGAGCUAGCCGACCGGCCCCCCAUCCCUAUCUUCCAGCACAUCCAGCGAGGUGGGGGCAUCUUCUUUUCGUCUGGAGCGCACUGGAGGGCGGCUCGUCAAUUCACCGUGCGCACCCUGCAGAGCCUGGGUGUGCGACAGCUAUCCAUGGUGGACAAGGUGCUGCAGGAGCUAGCCUGUCUUAAAGGGCAGCUGGACAGCUAUGGAGGCCAGCCCUUACCCCUGGCCCUAUUGGGUUGGGCACCCUGCAACAUCACCUUCACGCUCCUCUUCGGCCAGCGCUUUGACUACCAGGAUCCUGUGUUUGUGUCCCUGCUGAGUCUCAUUGACCAGGUCAUGGUCCUGUUGGGGUCACCUGGCAUACAGCUCUUCAACACGUUCCCCCGCCUGGGGGCCUUGCUGCGGCUGCACAAGCCGGUCUUGGGCAAGAUCGAGGAGGUGCGCGCCAUCCUGAGAACCCUCCUGGAAGCACGGAGGUCACCCCUGCCAAGUGGCGGUCCCGUGCAGAGUUACGCCGAAGCUCUGCUUCAGCAGGGCCAGGACGAUGACCCCGAGGACAUGUUUGGCGAGGCUAAUGUUCUGGCCUGUAUCCUGGACAUGGUCAUGGCUGGAACAGAGACCACGGCGGCCACGCUGCAGUGGGCAGUCUUCCUGAUGGUUAAGCACCCACACGUGCAGGGUCGCGUGCAGGAGGAGCUGGACCGAGUGCUGGGCCCCGGGCAGCUCCCUCAAGCAGAGCACCAGCGAGCACUGCCCUACACCAGUGCUGUGCUGCAUGAGGUCCAGCGGUACAUCACGCUCCUGCCCCACGUGCCCCGCUGCACAGCUGCUGACGUCCAGCUGGGUGGCUACCUGCUCCCCAAGGGCACUCCUGUGAUUCCUUUGCUGACCUCGGUGCUCCUAGACAAGACACAGUGGGAGACCCCGAGCCAGUUCAACCCAAACCACUUUCUGGACGCCAAGGGGCGCUUUAUGAAGCGGGGGGCCUUCCUGCCUUUCUCCACUGGUCGCCGGGUCUGCGUUGGGAAGAGCCUGGCCAGGACAGAGCUCUUCUUGCUGUUUGCCGGUCUCCUCCAGCGGUACCAUCUACUGCCCCCGCCCGGCCUGAGCCCCGCAGACCUGGAUUUACGGCCCGCCCCAGCUUUCACCAUGAGGCCUCCUGCCCAGACCUUGCGUGUGGUGCCGAGAUCCUAGGGUGUUCACAUACUGGAGAACCACCAGUCUACCUCUCCCACAGGAGGCGCUGCCCGAGGUGGUGGGGUGGUUACAGCAUCCCUAGCAAUGAUGUGCCUGCACUGUACUUCCGGACCACCGCAGCAUUCAUGACUCAGUGUACAGUGGUGCCAAGGCUAUCUCCCCAUCCGUGGAGGCUGGAAGUUGGCCUUUCAUCUGGGCAUCAUGGGGCGUAUCAGCACAGCCCAGCAGCCCUAUCCUGUCCUGAUAUGCUGCUUACAGGACCUCUAAUUCACCUUCCAGGUUCCUGAACCCUGGACACCAUAGACACUUCUCUAUUCUGGUCCCCAAGGCAGCCAAAGCCUCAGAGCAGAGACUACACUGCAAUCCCUUCAGCGUUCUUCCCCUCCCCCACCACACCUUAUCUUUGCCCCCCACCCCCCGGGGUCACAAUACCCAGAGGCCUGGUCUAUAGCCCUUCCACAGCCUUCCCCCAGUGUAUCUGCCCACCUACCUACCUAGGCAGAUUCUGCCCAGUUUGGGAUGCUCCAUCUUUGCCUGGCACCAAGGGGACCCCAGGGGCUGCCUGAGCUUGACCACAGGUGAUAUUUUUGCUCUUUUCGUCUGCUGUGACAACUGGCAUGGCACUGUGGUCACCUGGGACAAUGAUUGGAGGGAAAGAGCUUCUUCCAGCCGAUGUCCUGGGAACCUUUCCCUGGUUCCCGAUGCCAGGCCUCCCCGCCCCCCUUCUCGGUGGUGUUUGUAUUCCUUGUUUCUCAGUGUGCCCACUCGAGGCUUCGAAACGCGCAGGGUGAGAACCUUGCUGCGCGUGUCUGCCCGGUCAUGCCAACUCUAGUCCUGCCUUCUCUAGGACCACCGACACGGCCACAGUCAGCACAGGGCUUCCCCACGUGGGGAAGGGCAGGGCUAGAUGCCACCAUGAGUGUCAAGAGCCAGCUGGCGUGCACGUGGGUCCCUCUGGCACUGAGGGUCUGGUGGUUGGUGGGCACAGGCCGGCACUGACUAGAGAGACAUGAGGAAGUCUUUGGGCUCUAGCGGUGCAGUGCUUUGGUGCUAGCCCCAGCCAGUGCUUUAAAGUAACUAACCCUGAAGUGACACAAGUGUCUAUGGGACAGAGGACAAGGCUGGGGGCAAGGCUUUGAAGGUGAGGUCUGGCUACAGAUAGCCAGAUCACCGGAAAGCCUGUGACCCAGGAAGAGGCCCAUGCUUCGGCUGCCUGCCUGCCUGCCCACACUGAUGCAGCACUUGGCUACCGUGCCCACGUGCUAGGGACCCGAGACCAUCGCAUUUGUUUUUUGAGACAGGGUUUCUCUGUGUAGCACUGGCUAUCCUAGAACUCACUCUGUAGACCAGGUUGGCCUGGCCUUGCCUCUGCCUCCCGAGUGCUGGGACUGGAGCCAUGCGCCACGGUUGCUAAUCUCACCACUUUUACAAGACCCGGGACAGCUCAGCUCUGUUCCACUCUAGUGAGCAGGCAGGGUUUGGAGCCUGGAGGCUGCCCCCCACCCCCACCCCCAUGGCUUCUUGGUCCAGGCAGGAAGGCAGCA